AUGGCCGUCGCCCUGCUCGUCGCCGUGCCCCUGCUUCUAAUGCAGGCACCCGCCGAGAGCGGUGCCCACUACGAGAUGAUGGGCACCUGCCGCAUGAUCUGCGACCCGUACAGCGGCGGGCGACCUCCUGGUCCCGGUAGCACCGCCGCCGUGGAGGCCCUGCAGGACCUGGGCGCCAACCCCCCACCGCCCUUCGUCCAGGGACCUAGGGGAGAGCCGGGAAGGCCGGGCAAGCCGGGCCCCCGCGGACCUCCCGGGGAGCCGGGCCCGCCGGGUCCCCGGGGCCCGCCGGGAGAGCGGGGCGACGCGGGGAAGCCGGGGCUGCCUGGGCUGGCGCUGGCGGGCGCGGGCGGCGGGAGCGGCGGCGGGGCGGCGGCGGGCGGAGAGGUGGCGGGAGGGCUGAGCGCCGCCUUCAGCGGGCCGCGCAUCGCCUUCUACGUGGGGCUGAAGAGCCCCCACGAAGGCUACGAGGUCCUCAAGUUCGACGACGUGGUGACCAACUUGGGCAAUCACUACGACCCGACCAGCGGCAAGUUCACCUGCCAGGUGCGCGGCAUCUAUUUCUUCACCUACCACAUCCUCAUGCGCGGCGGCGACGGCACCAGCAUGUGGGCCGACCUCUGCAAGAAUGGGCAGGUGCGUGCCAGUGCCAUCGCCCAGGAUGCAGACCAAAACUAUGACUACGCCAGCAACAGUGUGGUGCUGCACCUGGACUCUGGCGAUGAGGUGUAUGUCAAGCUGGAUGGAGGCAAAGCGCAUGGAGGCAACAACAAUAAGUACAGCACUUUCUCUGGCUUUCUUUUAUACCCUGAUUAA